CUCGGCAAAAGGAACCAAAACUAAACUUCCCAGCAAGCGGCGCACGCGCCUGGGAAGAGGGGCAAGAUGGCGGAUGCCGAAGACCGUGUUUUGCAGGUAGGGGCAACUGCCACUGCCCCAAUUUCAUUUGGCUUCACUCGCACGUCCGCCCGGCGGCGGCUGGCGGACGCGGGAGAUAGUGCAGAGCCAGCCCCGGAGGAAAAAGAUUUCUUGAAGACCGUGGAAGGAAGAGAGCUGCAGAGUUUGAAGCCCUCAGAAGCCCCCAAGGAACUCAUCAUCCCUUUGAUUCAGAAUGGCCAUCGCAGGCAGCAACUGGCACAGCCCCCUGGGCCAUCCAGGGGUACUGGGGACUUGGUGGAUGGGAUGCUGUCUCAAGCCAUGAAGGAGCUCAUUGAGGAAUCCAAGAAGUCUCUGGAGGAGAGAGAGAAUGCGGGUAUCGACCCCACGCUCGCUAUCCCUAUGAUCCAGAAAGGAUGCAUCCCCAACAGGGAAGGGGCAGACAGCGAACCCUGGGCUGAGACAGUGCCUGAGGAGGCUAAUUAUGAGGCAAUGCCUGUGGAGGCCUAUGGAAUGGCCAUGCUGCGGGGUAUGGGUUGGAAACCUGGCGAGGGCAUUGGCCGCACCUUCAAUCAAGUAGUGAAGCCCCGUGUCAACUCACUGAGGCCCAAGGGGCUAGGUCUGGGUGCCAACCUGACUGAGGCCCAGGCCUUGGCCCCCACUGGCCCCUCCCAUGUGCCAAGGCCAAAUGAGGAGCAAGAGAAGGAUAAGGAGGACAAACCUCAAGUGCUAGUGCCUGGAGGAGCUGUGGUGGUCCUUUCUGGCCCUCACCGAGGCCUCUAUGGGAAGGUAGAAGGCCUUGAUCCUGACAAUGUCCGGGCCAUGGUGCGUCUGGCUGUUGGGAACCGUAUGGUGACUGUUAGUGAGUACUGCCUGCGGGCUGUGUCCCAACAGGAGUUUGACAGGAACUCCUUGGAUCUCACCCCAGGGCAAGAGAAUGGGACAACCUCAUCACGGAAGGCUCUCCAGAAUCAGGACCUCCAUGUCCAGCAAGAGAACUAUGAGAGGAAGCGGAAACACUUUCCAGACCAAUACGAUGGGCCUGCAACCAAGAGUGAGAAAGCAGCCCCCAGGAGACAGCACUGGUUGCACAGAGACCUGCAUGUGCGGUUUGUGGACAAGCUAUACAAAGGUGGCCAGUAUUACAACACCAAGAUGACAAUUGAAGAUGUUCUGAGUCCAGAUACCUGUGUAUGUCGGACAGAUGAAGGCCAGGUCCUGGAAGGCCUGAGGGAAGACAUGCUGGAAACCCUGGUUCCUAAGGCAGAGGGCGACCGUGUAAUGGUGGUACUUGGCUCACAUGCUGGGAGGGUGGGACAUCUACUGGGCCGGGACAGAGCACGGAGCCGGGCUUUGGUGCAGCUACAGAGAGAGAAUCAGGUGGUGGAGCUUCACUACGAUGAUGUCUGCCAGUACGUGGGCCCUAGUGAUGCAGAUGAAGACUGACCCACAGGACCACCCCCAUCCUCCAGGCUGUUACCAUUCUUUACAAUAUGAGAAAGUUGCCUUAGAGAUGGUGGGAAGAUAAUUGUUUCAUCCUCUGCUUGCACUAGCGUCCUGGGACAGAGGCAAAGGCAAUAGAUUGACCAGAAAGGAACCUAAAAGGAAACCCAACAUUUACCAGUAUUUAAUGUAUAAUAAAAACCAUUUCAGAUACUUA